AUGCUCGACAGUUCGACAUCAUCAAGUCGGCCGUUAAUCGCGUCGGUAGUGAGCCUGGACGUUCUCCGUGAAGAAUAUGAGAAUGGCUCGCAGUCGUUUGUGAAACAGAUCGAAUAUUUACAGUCUCAAGACUUUCACGGUAUUCGCCGCACGCGCGGUGAUGGCGACUGUUUCUACCGAUCCCUCGCUUUCGCGUACAUAGAGCGGAUAGUGAACUCACCCGAUCCGUCGUUUGCUGCGACGCAAGCCCUUUCCACGCUCGAGGGAGCGCUCCCGAUGCUCGAGGACGCUGGGUUCCAGAAGAUCGUAGUUGAGGACUUCUAUGAGGUGAUGGAAGGUCUUAUCAAGCGCGUUGUCACGCCCGACUCCCGAGGCCAUUACCUUACACCGAACUUGCUGCUUGAGGCGUUUCAAGAUCCAGAAACAUCGAAUUACGUUGUCGUAUUCCUUCGCCUCUUGACCUCUGCACAGAUCAGGACAGACCCAGAAUCGUUCGAGCCCUUCCUCUUCCACCCGGACCUUGGCGAGCCAUUGUCAAUUCGCGAUUUCUGCGAGGGCUUCGUCGAAGCUGUAGGCAAAGAAGCCGAUCAUGUCCAAGUAACCGCGCUCUCACGGGCUCUCAAGAUCAACGUGAGCGUUGCGUAUUUGGACGGUCGCGAUCAGGGUGGGAAAGUAGACUUCGUGGAGUUCUUCAAUGCUCCGGAGGCUGGUACCGAACCCCUCGCGUUGUUGUACCGGCCUGGCCACUAUGACAUCCUGGACAAGCGCAGCAUCGAAGCUUUGCCAUUGAACCUGUCAUAG